AUGGCCAACAUUACAAGGCCCUCAUCACAAUUACCAAUUGGUGUCCUAACAUCUCUCCUAGCUUUCAACAUUAUCCUCUCCUUCACUGCAUCUCUGGGUAAUGUUCUGAUCCUGUUGACAAUUUAUAAAGUUUCCUCUCUGAAUCCUGUGACAAAGCUCCUGUUUGCAUGUCUGGCAACUACCGACCUUUGUGUGGGUCUUUUUUCGCAGCCACUGUUCGUAGCUGAUAUAAUACUUAACAUUGAUCUCGGCAACACCGACUUGGAUAUUUUGUACUACGUGGACGAAGUUGUUUAUAUCUCCAGUUAUGUGUUGUGUGGAGUGUCCGUGUUGAUAUCGACAGCCAUCAGUGUUGACAGACUUCUUGUCCUGUUGUUGAGGCUAAAAUACAGACAGGUUGUGACACUGAGGCGAGCUCAAGUUGUUAUACUUCUAUGCUGGGUAAUUGCUGUUUCAUGUGGAUUGGUUCGUGUGUGGAGUCAAACGGUUUCAGAGAUUGUUGUUUUUGUGGCCGGUUUGGUAUCUUUAGUUACUUCUGUGCUUUGCUACGUAAAGAUCCACCGAAGACUACAGGGAAAUCAGGCUACAGUAGAGGACAGCUCUGGGGGUGGACAGUCAAACGCAGGAGAAAAAGUGGGUGAAGGAGAGGAAGGGGUGGGAAGAGCCGCAGAGGACGGAGUAGGGGAAACAACAGGGGCAGGUAGAGAUACAGAAGAAGAAGCAGGCGCAGGAGUAGAAGGCACAGGAAGAGCGAAAGAGGAAAGAAGUGUAAGAACAGGGACAGCAAGAGUAUUACAAAAGCGAAGAAUUCAAGAAAGAGUUCGGCUGAAUAUCGUACAAUAUAAGAAAAUAGUUUUCAGUAUAAUCUGGUUGCAGUUGACUUUAGUGGCAUGCUAUGCCCCUUUCAUAAUCGUGUCAUUAUUGAGACAUACAGUGCUCAGUGGAACAACAAUUCAUGGUGUUUGGCUGUUUACAGCAACUUUAGUUUACUCAAAUUCAUCUCUGAAUCCCUUUCUUUACUGCUGGAAGAUCAGAGAAGUUAGGAUAGCAGUAAAGAACACAGCCAAGACGUUUUGCUGUCGUUUGUAG